AUGCCUGCCCUGACUGGACCCUCUACUGUACUUGCCUUUAAGGCUGGACGUGCCUUCCGCCGGGGAGAUACCAACUUCGUCGAUGCCAGCCCGGAGAAGGGCGCGUUGUUGAUAGAGCGCGAGGAGGACAUGAUUCAUCUGGUCUGGAAGAAUCGCGAGACAGGAUCAGCUGACGAGGAUCUACUUCUCUUCCCUGGCGAUGCGACUUUCAUUCCCGUCCCACAAGCACCAGGAGGACGCGUCUAUGUCCUGAAGUUUGAGUCGUCUGAGGCUCGCCACUUUUUCUACAUGCAGGAUGGCUCGACCGCACGCGACGAGGAGUUCGCGCACAAUGUCAACUCGUUGAUCCAGGACCCGAGCUAUGUUCCCGUCUGGCAAGAGCCGUCCGCCGCUCCGGACGCAGAACCCGCCGCUGGCUCAACCUCUUCUUCCCAACUCGACCAGAUCCGAGAAUUAAUGUCCCGCAUGGCCGCGAACGCGGGUGGCGCCGAGCCCGUCGCGCCAGAAUUCGCGUUGAGCGAUAUCCUUACGCCCGGAAACCUUCUACCAUUAUUCUCCGCCCGCCCCGAUCUCGUGGCUGCGUUGUUCCCACAUCUGCCUCCAGACCUUCCCGAGCAGCCGUCUCGCGAGGUGCUGCAGCGCGUCAUUCAGAGCCCACAGUUCCGCGCGGCUGUCGCCAGUCUAGAUCGUGCCCUUCGGACGGGGAUGUUGCAAGGAUUGAUGGGCGGCUUGGGACUUCCGGAGGAAGCCGGUAGUAGCGUGGCGGCGUUCUUGAGGGCCGUAAAAGAGCAAGCCGAGCGCGACGGCGGAGAGAGUUCGAUGCAGACGGAUUGA